CUCCAGCCUCCUGUUCAUAGGUAUUUGCACUACUCUCGACUUUCCAUGUCUAUUGCCAUUCUCUAGUACAGGCUGCGACUAUCACGGGAUUUGUUACAGAGUGGAUUAUCUGGUUACGAUGCUGUUACCGGUCACCGAGCCAGGGCACGGUUGACAUGUGAAGAAAACACAAUUAUACUUGUCCACCAAAUUACACAUCACGUGUGAUCCGCAUCAAAGAUGCCGCUUUCUGGAGGCAAGGCGCUCACGGUACUGCGAGGACUUCUCCAGAUCUACGUGUUAGCUCACCUGAAUCAGUUGUCAGUCGUCUCCUGCCUAACCCUGGAAACACAUGGGUCAACCUGAGUUCCGAUGCCCUGAGUUGUCUGACCUUGGAUCCUCUGCCCGACUGUACUGCUCUGCCUCAGACACUGACACCGUCAUCAUGUACUCUGGCCCAGGGGGUCUCCACGCCCCGCACUGUGACAUGAAACGGGGGCUGUGUACAGGCAUUGUGGGGUACACAGGGACGGUAGUUAACACCACCGGCACUGAACUGGUCAUACACGAUGUACAGCCACGUAGGACAGGUACAUGGCGGUGUGAGGAUGACGCCCAGGGAGGGUCUUCAUACUGCACUGUGAAUGCAAUUAAGAUCCCAUCCUGCAACAUAACCAGUGAGAUAGACACAGAUACAACUGAAGAACUGUACAACCGGUCCGUUACAGUGGACCUGAAGGACCUCUUCUGUUCUACAGCCUUCAACUUCACCCUACAAGUCGGAAGUUCAUGGCAUCACGUGCUGACAUCUGAGGCUGUUGGUCAACCCACAAAUACAAACACAACAGUGAUUCUAACGGACACUACCUUUGGAGAUGUGACGCUUGUUUUCAACUGUACCAAUCAACAAAGGACUGUCACCUGCGGGGGUUUAACGCAUAUACCCAAGAAUACUGACAAGGAAGACAAGAACAGAACAGCAGCAAUAAUUGGAUCGGUUGUUGGUGUCUUGGUUGUUGUGGUCAUCACUAUUGGGAUUAUUAUUGGUUUGGUAACGAGGAAACAACCUGUUUAAUUGACUUGAAUCUAUGAAGGCUCAUCCUCCGACAAAAACAAGGCAGUGUUUUACGCGAGGUGAUGACAUUCUGCAUGGCGACAUGACCAUCGCAUUCAUUCCUCAUUGCGUUUGAUCAAUGUAUAUCUGAAAAAAAUGUUUGUUCGCAACAUUUUCUAACCUGGCAAAUUCAGUUACAAGGAAAGCAGAUUGUAUCAUUUUAUAACUAAGCCGUUGGUUCCAUGUAAAUCUGCAAACACAUGAUGUUAAGCUCCAAAAUGCUUUUACCCAAGGUUAAGAUCAAUGGCGGAUCUCUAAUAUUAGAAUAUGGCGGUAUUACUCAAUCGUGCUUAUGUAGAAUACCUUUAUUUAGAGGAUAAGAGUCAAGUAGAUUUGAUGUCAUGCUCGCUGUGACCAAGGCCAAAUCUCAUUAUCGAGACAAACAUCGAGAUCUUGAAGAUCAGUAUUUUUAUCAUAAGUAGAUUUGAGAAUGUGUACCCUAAAUCAUCACUAACAUGACUCGAUAAAACGAUCUGCGACGAAUGUGAAAAAUCGCCAGAUCUGAGCUUUGCCAUUGAUCCGAGUCGUGUGUUUGUAUCCCCAAAAUUAAGACCCAGAAAAUGAAAUUGCAAAUGCUCAUAAGAAACAUUUAUAGCUUUCUUCACGAGAAUGUCGGCCCACUUCCUCAAUCCUGGGGAUUUUCUGGCAUCAAAAGUACAUAAUUGAAAAAUUAAAUAAUCUACAUAUCCAAACUUUUUAACAUGUAUCACUUGAGGUAUCAAUAAACAAAAGAUUGAAACUGUGUAACGGUCACACUACCUCACCAAUUCUAGCAAUCAAAACAAAUUCCUGUUCUUAUCUGUAAUAACAGAUGAAGUAUUGCAAAUGCUGUCACGAAAAUACAUAGCAUCGAUGUCUUUCAGACAGAACUGUUAUAUGUAUUGAAGCAUUAAACUUGUACAGUUUUCCAUGUGUGUUAUGUGAAUAAAAAAUGUGAAUAAAAUAAUUAAAUGUAACCAGAGGCUGGUCACAUGAACGCAAACCUGACUAUAUAGAUUUGUGAACAUAGCGUUCUCAGCGAAAUUGUCGGCCCGCUUCAACAUUCCUUGGGAUUUCCUAGCAAAACGAAAAUGGAAUUAUAAAUAAAAUGUAUAAAUACAAUAGACACGCCAGAGUUGAAAUGUGUGACUUAGGUUUCCUGUAGGUAUCACUAAUAUGGUGUUUUAAACUAGUAUAACAGUCACACCUGAAAAGCCACACACUCAAAAUGUUAAUUGAGCUUAUCGUAUCGUAUCACGAAGUGAUCAUUAAAGUACGACUGUCAUAAGUCUGAAUUAAUGACUCGGAGUUAGUCAUUAGUGCCGUAUUCGCUUUGAGAAACUGGGCUCUGAUAAAUCAGAGGUUUGUGGAGAAUUGUUACAAAAGUUUGUCUGUGAUGCUUUGCGAUACCCUUUUUUUAUUUGUACGUUAUAUACAUCGUGAUGUGAUUGAUCUCUACUUUCCGAUACAGUUUCAGGUAUUCUCACCAUUAAUGUGUCAAGUGCCUUUUGUUUGUUGUUUAUUACAGUUGUUUGACAUUCACCUAUGCAAACUAAUGAUUGAUAUUAUGAAUGUUCACUAUAAUACUGCGCAGGGUCAGCAUUACAUCUUUGUAUUUAUUAAAAUAUUGUUGUCACAUGAUGUGAAUGUGAUACCCAUGUUGAAUAUUUUUGUAAGGAUUUUUACGAGGGUAGAUUGCCAAGUUCUGAGCCCCACAUAGAAGGAAUCGUGUAAAAGGGAAAUCAGUUGUUGUUUACAUAACAUGAUGUCUUUGAGGUGUAUCCUUUACACAUUUGAGUCAAAUGAGCAGCGCAACUUCUUUUUUAUGGUAAAAUAGGCAGGGGUCUCUGAACUUUGGAAAACUGACACACUUGAGGAACGUGCAAUCCAAAAAGGAAUACACAAAAAAGAAGAAAAAAAAACAUCCAUGAAGAGUACAACACUAGGAAAGGAUGUCCCUUCCUAUUCCACCGUAAAGAUGUGGGCAGCAGCUUUUAAUGUCUAUGACGUCAACACCACCAGAGAUGAUCAAGAUAAUCCACGAUAUAUUAGUGCGCGUACUGAGAAUGUCUGAGAUUAUCAGUUCCAAGGAAUGAUUACUUUCAAUUAUCUCAUAAACAAUAAUCAGCACAGUGGAAGCAUAUUACUUCACCGCCACCAAAGAAGGCAAAGGCUGUCCCAUCGGAUUGAAAAGGUUAUCUCCUUGUGUUUUGAGAUGCCGAACGUGUCAACAUGGUGGACUAUCUUCAUAAAGGCCAGACAAUAAACGGAGCAUAUUUUGCUGCACUGGUGAUGCAAUUACGGGAAGAACUCAUGGAAGCUGAGGAAAGACGUACCCUUCAAUCAAGAAAAUGCGUCAAUGCACAAGUCAGUCAUUACCAUGGCUUCAAUCCACAUGAGUGGCUUUGAACGACUUCAGCACCCACCUUAUUUUCCUGAAUUGGCUCCCUAAAACUUCCAUCUGUUCCCACACCUGAAUAAUGCUGCAGCCAAUUUCGACUCCAACGUCGUAGCAGCUGAAAACGUUAUGGAGAAUGACCUUUACGAAGCUGGGAUAAAAUCCCUCCGACAUCUUUGGGAUAAGUGGUAUCGUUUCCAUUUUAAUGUAUUCAAGUCAAAUCUUUCUAUGUGAGGCUCAGAGCUUCUCAAUAAUCCCUCGUGUCCUGUGGAUUGUUAACUGUCUUCAUGCCUGACUUCUGUCAUCAUAAUUAUCAUGUCAAACUGAGUGAGUGAUUGUUUGGAUUGUACUCCGUAUAUAGCAUUAAACCGUCCAUGCCUCAGUGGAGGCUCACACACUGUCAAUAUGAGUAAGUGUUCGUUACCAAAUACAGUCAAAAUGAAGAUUCAACGUGUUCAUAGUAACCAUGAAGAUUAAACGUGUUCUUGAUCACCGGAAGAGACGCCUUCUGGUGUGUUACAUGGUGAAACUCAUCUGCAAAUAUCCAGUGGAAUAAGACAGAGAAUUAUUUGAAUAAGUGACAGGUCACCUGUUCUCAAAAUGACCACCGGAAAAUUUCCUUGGGACAACUUACAGUUGCAUGAUGAAAUCGAUCUGCAAAUUAGGUCAUACUUAUGCUGGAUAACUAAGGUGGAAUAUGAUGGACAAUUGUUUGAAUAAGGGACAGGUCACCUGUUCUCAAAAUGACCACCGGAAAAUUUCCUUGGGACAACUUACAGUUGCAUGAUGAAAUCGAUCUGCAAAUUAGGUCAUACUUGUGCUGGAUAACUAAGGUGGAAUAUGAUGGACAAAUGUUUGAAUAAUGUCACAUGUUCUUUACCUGACCACCGGAAAGUUAUCUUCGGAUAACUUACAGUUGCAUGAUAAAAUCAAUCUGCAGAUUAGACUCACCUAUGCUGAAUAACUAAGGUGGAAUAUGACGGACAAUUGUUUGAAUAAGUGACACGUCACCUUUUCUCUAUGUCAGUGUGUAGUCCCAAUUGCUUUCAGUGUGUCCGGAUCAUUUUGUGUUUUAUUUGUGUUUCUCCUACCACUAGAAACACUGACGUUCGGUUCUGUUUUUGCUAUAACUAUGACAUAAAUUACUUGUCCAAAUUUACCUUUGAGUUAGAAUGCCUACUAAUAACUUUUGAUAUAUGUAUAUUUUUCUAAAACUGUAAAUUUGAGCUCCAUCUUACUGCUGAUUAUGAUGCGGUUUUAGAAAAUAUAAGGAAAUUAUAUUAAUAAAUCUUUUAACCUUA